UUCGUGGAAACCAGCAUCUUCGCCCUCAGAUACUCUCUGGCCCAUCUCUCUCCCUGCCGCUUAAGCACGAUAAUGUCUUCUCGCAGCACUAUAACAACCCCACCAAAGCCUCUAUCGCCACGGCAGACCUACAAUCCGAAUGAUUACUACGAUUUGUCUUCACUGUCCUCACUGUACUCUGAACUCUCCUUGCUAUAUCCAGAUGUCUAUUCCUCUCUGUAUACCAACGAUGCCUCGUUGAGCCGCUAUUACUCGUCCCUUCUCAAGUCAUACAGCCUCGAUAACUAUGGAUUGCCGACCUUGACUGCAGCCAGUACGGGACCGGAUACGGCGGGUUUCACCACAAGGACAAACGCGGGGGUAUCAUCGACGGGAGCAGCUGCGGCUCCAGCUACGAGUAGCGGAGAAGCGAAAGUAAGCAAUAGCGGUCUUUCCACGGGAGCCAAGAUCGGGAUCGGUAUCGGGGUUACGAGCGGUGUCUUGCUGCUUGUCGGACUCGGCAUCGGCCUCUGGUGCAUGGGGAAACGCAAAGGGAAGAAAUCUUCGACGACCGUGGUCGCCCCCAGUCAGUUCAAUCCUGCAAUGCAGCAGCAGCCGUUGAUGGGAUCCAGCCAAGGCCAAGGAUACAUACCCGCUGGUCUCCAGCAGCAGCAAUAUGUCCCCAGUCCAACGCAAUACGCACCGCAGCCCCAGGUGUUGCACAUGCCGGGACCCGAAGCACCGUAUGGAGGCUACGAGAAGGUACCGGGUCAAAAUGUCGUCGAGCUCGAGCAGGAGUACCAUUUCACGAGGCCAGGCGUCGUGGAGAUGGGCAAUGGUAGUUCGAUUACUCCUGUACAGCCUGCGAGAUAA